AUGAUUUUUAUACAGGAUAAUAUCCAAACCGUAAAAUAUUGCAACAAGAAGCAAAUAGAACUUCUAGAUAAAGAAUUAAAUGAUCUCACAGAUGACGUGAAUUACUAUAAUGAAAAGGUUUUAGAGUGGACAGAACCUGUCCAAAUAAAUUUUCACCAAGUUUCAAAUUUACAGAAAUCGAAGAGAAUUAGAAGUAGACACCAGUGUAUGGAAAUUAAAGAAUUCAUGGACUUCGUACAUGCUAGUGGGGGGCAUGAAAAUGGAUGGCGUAAAGAAGAUCAUCAAGUAUUUAUAAAGUAUCGUAAAAAAUAUAAAAAUAUUGACGCAAUUGCGAAAUAUUUACAUGAAGAAUUUCCAGAUAUUAGCAUACAAGAAAUCAAGCAUCAUGAGGAAUGGUACCAGAAAUAUAUUGCAUUAGAAUUAAAAAAACGAACUGCUUUAAAAAAUUGGCAGAAAGAAAAAGCCAAUAAAAGUGCUAGUAGAAAAUAUUCAAAUAUUCCUUCAAAAAUAUCAACAACCGUGCAACCUUCGGUGAACGUCCAAGAGAAACUGAUAAAAUGGAAGGCGCAAAAAGAAGAACAAACAAAACAUGCAAAACAAAUGGAAAUGUAUAAGAGGCAAAAAAGAAAUGAAAUUGAUCAAUUACAAAAGAAAAGAAACGAUGAAUUAAAAAUGCUGGUGCAAGAAUGGAAGCAAAAAAGACAAGAUAUGGAAGAACAGGAAAUCAUACACAAAAAAAUUGCAGCAGAGCAAGAGAAAAAACGGAGGGCUUUUGAAGCAAAUAGAUUAAUAAAACAGUUCCAAAGUCAGGAUGACCUAUACAUUAUGAGAAUGAAGCAGAAAAAGAAACCAGAACCGUUUCCUAUCCUAAGACGAAGUAAGUCGAGCCAUUCUGCGAAAAGGGAUCCCAAAAGGCUCUUAAAACCCACACAGCAGUGGAUAAACAGAAUACAAGACGACAAUUCUGCCGACAAAUUUGGUAAUGUUAUGCCCUUGAGGUGUUUACCGAAACUAGCAAUUCCUGAAUGGAGGAGAAAAUUGGAAUAAUUUGAUGUGGUUUAUAAGAAAAACUAAGUGUUUAUUUAAUGUUUAUAUUUUUACGGUUGUUCAAGUAACAUUGUUCAAAAUAUCACAUAU